CUAAUGUACGUGUCCAAAUUCGAGGCGAGCAUGGGUACCAAUUUUGUUAUUUAUCUGGCCCUAAGUGCAUUCCUGUGCCUAUUCGGUGCACAUGCGGAGAUAGUUAACACAAAUGUCGAGAGGACACUGGACCUAACUUCGCAGCUGGUGAAGACCACAACAAAGAUUUCCGCGGAAGACUCAGCCGGCAAACCCAUUGCCGAGUACGUGUUUUUCACAUCGGAGCCCAGCCUUGCGUACAUAUCGGUGAAAGAUAAUGCCGACAAGAAUGUCCCGGUCAAGACGAAUGCGCCGGUGAAGGGUGAGCAGAGCUUCACGAUCACCUUCCCGAAGGCCUCCGCCAAGCAGACCUUCCUGGUCGAGACGGUGGCCUCCAAGAGCAUCAUUCCGCAUCCCGAGGAGAUCAAGCAGAACGACAAGCAAUUUGUGAAAUAUGUGGGCAAUCUGCACCUGUACUCCAAGUACAAGACGAAUAGCCAGAAGACCAAUGUCAAGCUCAGCUCCUCGAACAUUUUGUCGCACACCCAGGUCAAGCCUUUCUCGGUCUCCUCCAACAAGAUCACCCUGGGACCCUACGAAAACGCAGAAGCCUUUAGCCAGGAGGCCCUGGUUAUCCACUAUGAGAACUCCGCGCCCUUCGUCACCGUCAACACUUUGGAGCGCACCCUGGAGAUCUCGCAUUGGGGCAACAUUGCCGUCGAGGAGUCCAUUCAGAUGACCCACACCGGAGCCAAGUUGAAGGGAUCCUUCUCGCGCUACGAUUUCCAGAAGGAAGGACGCUCCGGUCUGGCGGCCCUCAAGUCUUACAAGACAUACCUGCCAGCUUCGGCGUCUGGCGUCUAUUACCGCGACACAAACGGCAACAUUUCUACCUCCAACAUGAACUCCGUGCGGGACUUUAUUGAACUUGAGCUGCGUCCUCGCUUCCCGCUCUUUGGGGGCUGGAAAACCCAGUACACCCUCGGUUACAAUGUUCCCUCGUACGAGUACAUGUUCAACGAUGGCAACAAGUACCAGUUGAAGAUGCACCUCAUCGAUCACAUCUACGACAAUAUGGCCAUCGAUGAGGCCACCAUUAAGAUUAUACUGCCCGAGGGUUCCAGCGACAUUAAGCUUCUGACGCCCUACUCGAUCAGCAGGCUGCCCAACGAACUGGUGCACACCUAUCUGGACACCACGGGUCGCCCAGUCGUGUCUUUCUCCAAAUCCAAUUUGGUGGAAAGCCACAUUUCAGACUUCACGCUCUACUACAGCUUCUCGAAGAUUUCCAUGCUGCAGGAACCUCUGCUGGUUAGCGGCUUUAUUUAUAUCAUCUUUGUGGCCACCAUUAUCUUCUUGCGCUUGGACUUUUCAAUUACAUCCCACGCCCAUAAAGAAUAAGUAAUCGUAAUGUCUGCUUUGAGUAUAGUUUUUCUCAUCAUCUAAUAAAGUAUAAAAAGAAAAUAAAAUAAUAUUUUGCUAUACCAAACGAAA